AUGUCUACAUUUAAUGUUUUAAGAUACUCCCUCUUGGGUGCUGGUAUUGUUUACGGUGCUUACAGCAGAUACUCCAUUGAAUCUGCUCACCACAACCAAGAAGCCGCUAAGAAAUGGAGAAAAGAAGAAAGAUUAAUCCAACAAGCCAAAGCUGAAUACGCCAAGUUAAAUGCUCCAAAGAAAGAAGCCACCACUACCACUUCUGGUUCAAUCAAUUGGGAAGAUCCAAACUUGGACAUUGGCAAAGCCUUGGAAUCUUUAAUUCAAAAAUUGGACUAA